AUGCGCGUUUACACACUCCUCGUUACCCUGUACAACCUUUCAUACGUAGUGCAGGCCCGUUAUUCUGGCAGGCAGUGUCCGUUGGCUUGCGAAACGGUCAGCAACUACGCAACCUACAAUGACACGAAUCCUUCGUCGCCGAGGCAGGAGAAAAGACCCUGGUGUGAUGAACACGCAAAUUUCACAUUACCGUCCUUUCAAGAGGUUGUUGAUGGCUGGACGGCGGAUGCGAAAAGCAAUGUGAGGAGGAUACAUGCAGCUGAGGCACUAGAAUGGCCGUCUUUGAAUGAAGUCGUAAUACCUGACCCCCAGUUCUUCGACCGAGCCUAUACAACCAUGGAAACUGCAGAUUGGGAGUAUGCGAUUCAUCUUGUAUACGGAUGGUACAUGUACUACUUCUGGAUUGUCGUAAUCGCCGUCGGUAUCACAACACGCCUCUGGUCACUCGUCUGGAAGCUAUACUACAACACGAGAACAUAUCGACAUCUUCCAGGAUUUCCAGGCGGUACUUUGAAAUCAUGGGGUAUUGCAACACUUCCGCAAGCAUGGUUAAGGCGGUACCUGACAAUACCGGCCACUUUCGGCACCCAUUGUUCUCAACCGUAUGUUGGAUGUACGAUCCCACCUCGAGUGCAAUCACUCACGAUCGCGCUCUUUGUAGUACUUAAUCUCGUUCUCUGCAGUUGCUCAUACCGCUUCACCGAAGGAAAUCUCUACUGGCCGAAAAAGUCAGCACAAUUCCUACGGUUCGUAUCGGACCGCACUGGCAUUAUCUCGCUAGCAAACUUUCCACUGAUGUGGCUGUUUGGAAUGCGCAAUGAUGUGCUCAUUUGGAUGACCGGAUGGGGAUUUGGCACUUACAACGCAUUCCAUCGAUGGGUGGCUAGAGUGGCAACGUUGCAAGCCGUUGUGCACAGCUUGGGUUAUACGCUCAUGAUCCUCAGUGGCGAAGGCUGGUCAUCGUUUCUUGUUUACUGGACAAAACACUACUUCUGGAACGGCGAAAUCGCCACAAUCGCCAUGUGCGCCUUGCUCGCCUUCUCCUUUUAUGGGAUACGCCGGGCUCACUAUGAGAUGUUCCUCGUUAUCCACAUUGCACUUUCGAUCGCUACUCUAUGGACCAUGUAUUAUCAUGUCGAAAUAUUCAAGAACGGCGAGUGGAACAUUUUCAUUUGGCCAUGUGUCGCUAUCUGGGUCUUCGACCGCGUCGUGCGCAUGGGGCGCAUUCUCGCCUUCAGCCGGUUUCCGUUGAACACCAAGGCCUUGGUUACCUAUGACUCAAAGAGCAACCUCAUACGCAUGGAGGUGGAUGGAACGAACAAUCUUGUCGCACCGAAGCCGGGGACUUAUUAUUACAUCCACGUGCUAGACGACGUGCUAUAUGCGCAUCAGAAUCACCCUUUCACGUUGGCGCAUGUCUUGGAGGACGUGGAUGGAUCGAGUAUCAUGCCACUGUCACCAAUUACGGACAGAUCUACACCUCUUAGUCCAUCCUCAGAUGCAGGAGGCGAAUUAGACGAACUCCUGGCCUCUAAAACACCAAAUGCUUCGUCGACUCUUGUCUUUUUCAUCCGGCCGUACGAUGGCUUUACAUCCCGUAUAAAGUCGCAUUGCCUUCUCCAUCCCACGAAGCUCCGGGUUCUAAUCGAAGGACCAUACGGGCACACGGUUCCACUGCAAAACUUCACGAACAUCCUCUUCAUGGUUGGUGGAACAGGUAUUGCCGUCCCGCUUUCUCAUCUCGCCUCUAUUCUUUCAAGCUCUUCACAUGUCCAGAGUGUGAAGAUAGUAUGGGCAGUACGCGAAUAUGCAGCUCUGGUUGCAGCCUUUCGCGACUUUCGUGUGCUUUUGAGUGACGAGAGACUCGAGUUGGAGGUGCAUGUCACGCGAGAGGAAGCCAAGGAUGACGUCUUAGACGAGGAUAUGAAGAGUGUGAGGAUCAUGUCGCAUAGACCAAAUGUACAUACAACUAUUGAGGAGACGGCGCAGGAGGCCGGGCAACAGCGCUUGGCGAUUGUUGCAUGUGGACCAGCUCUAAUGGCGGACCAGGCAAGAAAAGCGAGCGUAGAAAUGCUUGGGAGAGGCCAUUGUGGUGUGGAGUAUUUUGAGGAAAGCUUCAAGUGGUAG